AUGGCCGACACCGAUGCAGCAAAGGCUGAGAAGAUAGCCGCAGCAAAGAAAAGGGUGAGUGGAGCCAUUGUCACGCGCAAUUUGGAUUGCACGGGUUUGCCGAUUGAAAAUAUCCGCCUGAUACCCACGAGUACUCAUCCCCCCCGCCCAUCCCCCUUUCCGGGUCGAGAUUGAGGGUUGGGUUGGAAGGCGCAUUGUCGAUUGAACUGACGCUUCCGGCACCGAGGGGGGGUGGUGUUGCGAAUAUUCUAGUUCGAGCAACUCAAGAAACAGAAGGGGAAGAAGAAGGGCUCGGCAGCUCCAGUGUCUACAGCGGGCGAAGCGAGUAAAUCUCCUGUGCAAGCGGAGCGAGCGGGAACGCCGGGAACGCCUCCCCCGGCUGAGGGACAGCCGGUAGAGGAAGAGUCAGUAGCUGAGCAAUGCCGAGUCAAACCCCCUCCAGGACGUCACUCCUAACGUGCUUGUUUGGGCGAUAGUGCGAAAGGGCUAGUGGCAGGGGCGGAAGAGGUUACUGAAGCCCCUCCUCCUGCCGCCGCAGCGGAGACGGCUAAUUCGGACGCAUCCUCACCCGCGACCCCUGCGGAUCCGCCGGUUGCCUCGUUUGGCGGUGCGGGGACUGCAGCCCACUCUAGAGCUGCAUCGAUGCAUGCCAGACGUCAGUCGGCUUCGGGAUUUCGGAGACCGUCCAUCACCGCCGCCGACGUUAUACGAUCUUCGAACAAGAGCCCCUUGAGUCCCGGGGAGAUGGUACCGGAUAUCUACCGGAAACAGGCUACCACGAUAUCGGAGCUUACGGAGUCGGUCGAGAGACUGGAGGCGGAGGUGGAAAGGUUGAAGGAGAAGGAGAAGAAGCUUGGCGAAGCCAUCGUUCAGAAAGAUGAGGCGCAGGAGACUUUGGCUGGUGUGAAGACGGAGCUUAGGGAGGCUGUUGAGAGGGCUCAAGCUGCGGCCAUUGAGAAGGAGGCUCGGGAAGAGGAGCUUGGGAAAUUGGUGAGCAUCGAGUUCGGGAGUGAUAUUGCCGGGGUUUGGCUGAUUGGGGUUGGGUCAUUAGAAAUCAGAAGUUGCAACUCUCACUCGGCAAACGUCACAUCUCACGUCCCAGAUUUCGCAGAGGGAUAAAGCUAUCUCAGAUCUUAAACUUCAUUCGUCUUCAUCUUCCUCAACGCAGGACAGGGAAUCCCUCACUGCCAAGGAGGACCAGAUUGAGAACAUGGAGAUGGACAUAAGUAAGCUUCGGGGUGACCUCGAGAGAGCUCACAAGAGUCUUGCCGAAAGUCAAUCCGCGCUUGCCACGGCUGAGAGCAGGGUUAAGGGUCUGGAGGAAUCUCAGGAGAGCCUUACAAAAGAGCUUGAGGAAAGCAAGAAGAAGCUGGAUAAGGCUGCCGAACGCCUCGUUGCCGAGGGUGCUGCUAGGAGCUCUGCAGAGACAAAAGUCACAUCUACCCAAGCAGAGCUUGAAUCAGCCAAUGCAACUGCAAAGAGCCAAGCCGCUAGUAUAUCGUCUUGGGAAAAGGAUCACAACACUCUAAAGACAAUGUAUCGAGACGCAGAUACGAAGGGUCAAGAAUUGCAGAAGCAGGCCUCGGCUCUAGAAAGAGAGAACAAAGAUCUAACCACUCAAGUCUCGGAGCUGAAGAAGCGCACUGCCCAUCUGGAGUCCGAACAAGCCAACUUAAGGAGCAGCCUCGAGAAGGCCAUGAGCGACGCAAGACGGGGCACCGGCUCGAUGCCACAGGACGACGAACUCGUCGACGAGCUUGAAGACGAUGGACGUAAGCGCUUAGAGGCAAGGAUCCGGCAAUUGGAACAGCAGCUGCAACAGGAGCGCAGCCGCUGGUACACUGGCGAGAAGCAGAGGCUUGCGUCUGCAUCCGCACCGCCGCACUCUGCCCAGCAGCACCAACAGGAAUUCCUGGACGUGGACCUGAACGCUGGUGAGGACCAGCACUACCCGCGCGGUGGUGGCGGCGACCAUUUAUAUGCCGCACAGAUGGAGGAAGAGAGGAGGCAGAUGGAGGCACAGAGGCUCGAGAGGAUCAAGGAAGUCAAACGGGGGUUGGCGAAUUGGAAGGGGUGGAGACUGGACAUGACGGCCGGAGGAGGGUACGGGGUUAACUUUAGGGAGAUGUUUGAGGUUUAGAUGGUUGGGCUUUCUUUCUUUAAAAUGGGGAGGCGUCUUUGAUCAUGCUUUACCAGUGGAUUUCACGAUGUUGGUCCCGAUGAUAAUUUUUAAGUGAAUGGAGCGAUCAUGGUGUCUCACUCGAGAUGCACGUGACCUGGGUUAGGUUUGGAUGAAUACAAAAUGCCGGUACUUCCCAUGG